AUGGAGAGCAGCUUGUCAGCUUUCAGCAUGCAGGACCCUUCCUCCUCACCCUUGGACAAACAGCAAAGCUCAGCGAGCGGUAAUGGAGGUCUCGAUUCAGAAGAAGGCUCAAGCCUGGAGGAAAUUGGCUUUAACUGGGGAGAGUAUCUGGAAGAAACAGGUACCAACGCAGCUCCUCACACGUCCUUCAAGCAUGUUGAAAUCAGCCUUCAGAGCAAUUUCCAGCCGGGGAUGAAGUUGGAGGUGGCCAAUAAGAACAACCCAGACACGUACUGGGUGGCCACGGUCAUCACCACCUGUGGGCAGCUGCUGUUGCUACGUUACUGUGGUUACGGUGAGGACCGCCGGGCCGACUUCUGGUGUGACGUGGUGAUCGCGGAUCUCCACCCUGUGGGGUGGUGCACGCAGAACAACAAGGCCUUGAUGCCCCCGGACGCAAUCAAAGAGAAGUACACAGACUGGACAGAAUUCCUCAUUCGUGAUUUGACUGGUUCCCGGACGGCACCUGCCAACCUCCUGGAAGGUCCUCUGCGAGGGAAAGGCCCUAUAGACCUCAUUACAGUUGAUUCCUUAAUAGAACUUCAGGAUUCUCAGAGCCCUUUUCAGUACUGGAUAGUUAGUGUGAUUGAAAAUGUUGGAGGAAGAUUACGCCUUCGCUAUGUGGGAUUGGAGGACACUGAAUCCUAUGACCAGUGGUUGUUUUACUUGGAUUACAGACUUCGACCAGUUGGUUGGUGUCAAGAGAAUAAAUACAGAAUGGACCCACCUUCAGAAAUCUAUCCUUUGAAGAUGGCGUCUGAGUGGAAAUGUGCUCUGGAAAAAUCCCUUACUGAUGCCGCACACUUUCCUCUUCCAAUGGAAGUAUUUAAGGAUCAUGCAGAUCUGCGAAGCCAUUUCUUCACAGUUGGGAUGAAGCUAGAAACAGUGAAUUUGAGCGAGCCGUUUCAUAUCUGUCCUGCAUCAGUGACCAAGGUUUUUAACAAUCAUUUUUUUCAAGUGACUAUUGACGACCUAAGACCAGAACCUAGUAGACUCUCAAUGCUGUGCCAUGCAGAUUCUUUGGGGAUUUUACCAGUGCAGUGGUGCCUUAAAAACGGAGUCAAUCUCACCCCUCCCAAAGGUUACUCUGGCCAGGACUUCGACUGGGCAGAUUAUCACAAGCAGCAUGGGACAGAAGAAGCACCUCCCUUCUGCUUCAGAAAUACAUCAUUCAGUCGGGGUUUCAUGAAGAACAUGAAGCUUGAAGCCGUCAACCCCAGGAACCCAGGAGAGCUCUGCGUGGCCUCUGUUGUCAGUGUGAAGGGCAGGCUGAUGUGGCUUCACCUGGAAGGUCUGCAGACUCCUACUCCAGAGUUCAUUGUCGACGUGGAGUCCAUGGACAUCUUCCCCGUGGGCUGGUGCGAAGCCAACUCUUACCCUCUGACCACACCACACAAAACAGUCUCACAAAAGAAGAGAAAGAUUGCAGUUGUGCAGCCAGAAAAACAAUUGCCAUCCACAGUGCCUGUUGAGAAAAUACCUCACGACCUUUGUUUAUUCUCUCACCUGGACACCUCAGGUACUGUCAAUGGAAAAUACUGCUGUCCUCAGCUUUUUAUCAACCACAGGUGUUUCUCAGGCCCUUACCUGAACAAAGGGAGAAUCGCAGAGCUACCUCAGUCGGUGGGACCAGGCAAAUGUGUGCUGGUUCUGAAAGAGGUUCUUAGCAUGAUAAUCAAUGCAGCUUACAAGCCUGGAAGGGUAUUGAGAGAAUUACAGCUGGUGGAAGAUCCACACUGGAAUUUUCAGGAGGAGACGCUGAAGGCAAAGUACAGAGGCAAAACGUACCGGGCCGUGGCCAAAAUCGUGCGGACAUCGGACCAGGUAGCAGAUUUCUGCCGGCGGGUCUGUGCCAAGCUGGAGUGCUGCCCAAAUUUGUUCAGUCCCGUGCUGGUUUCGGAGAACUGCCCAGAGAACUGCUCCAUUCACACCAAAACCAAGUACACCUAUUACUAUGGAAAGAGAAAGAAGAUCGUGAAGCCCCCGAUCGGGGAAGCCAGCACUGAGAGCGGACACCCGAAGCCAGCCAGACGUAGGAAACGGCGCAAGUCCAUCUUUGUGCAGAAGAAGCGGAGGUCUUCCGCCGUGGACUUAGCUGCAGGCUCGGGGGAGGAGAGCGAGGAAGAGGAUGCGGAUGCCGAUGCCAUGGACGAGGACACUGGGAGUGAGGAAACCAGCUCCGAGCUCCGCGAUGACCAGACAGACACCUCUUCGGCUGAGGUCCCCUCCGCGCGGCCCCGGAGGGCCGUCACCCUGAGGAGCAACUCCGAGCCCGAGCGCCGGCUGCCCGUGGAGAGGCCGCGGCGGGGCCGGAGGGCGCAGGCCGCCUCGUGUGCCAAGGGGGCAGAGCAGGGCGCGGCCACUGGCCAGGACCCAGCAGGGGACCCGAAGCAGGAGGAGGAGGAGAGGCUUGUUCUGGAGAGCAACCCGUUGGAGUGGACGGUGACCGACGUGGUGAGGUUCAUCAAGCUGACGGACUGUGCCCCCCUGGCCAAGAUAUUUCAGGAACAGGACAUUGAUGGGCAGGCACUGCUGUUGCUGACUCUCCCCACGGUGCAGGAGUGCAUGGAGCUGAAGCUGGGGCCCGCCAUCAAGCUGUGCCAUCAGAUCGAGCGAGUUAAAGUGGCUUUCUACGCCCAGUACGCCAACUGA